AUUUUCGUGACGCAGCGAGCCUGAAUCCGUCCGCGGUAAUAUCCACCCGUUGGUGAGGACGUUAUUUGUGGCUUUAUCAUCUCUAAAGUGGCAAGCUUCGAAACAGCUAUUUUACUACCAUCCACCGUUUAGCGUCGCCACCGUGCCCUGCGCGCGCGCGCGGUAAAUAAAAAAAGGCUGUAGGUGGGUGUGUGAUAAGCUGCACGGUCUAUGCCUCAUCAGAUUGCGCUUCAUCUGCAGCGCGUUAGUGUUGCUCUUCUCUAUUGGUUUCUGAUUACGGAAUAGCUGAUCACUGAGGAUCAUCAUGCAGAAACGGAGGAAGCCAGAACCGAUCCAGCUCAACCCGAUUCCUGAUGGGAAUGCCGUUAACGGAACCGGUGCCACAGAGACAAACCUGGAGGCCCUGCAAAAAAAGCUGGAAGAGCUUGAGCUGGAUGAGCAGCAAAGGAAGCGUCUGGAGGCCUUUCUCACGCAGAAACAGAAGGUAGGAGAGCUGAAGGAUGACGAUUUUGAGAAGAUUUGCGAGUUGGGAGCAGGCAAUGGUGGCGUAGUCUUCAAGGUCUCUCACAGACCCUCUGGACUCAUCAUGGCCAGGAAGCUGAUCCACCUGGAGAUCAAGCCAGCCAUCAGGAAUCAGAUCAUCCGAGAGCUACAGGUGCUGCAUGAGUGCAAUUCCCCCUACAUUGUGGGAUUUUACGGGGCUUUCUACAGUGACGGCGAGAUCAGCAUCUGUAUGGAGCACAUGGACGGUGGCUCCCUGGACCAAUCACUGAAGAAAGCAGGCAAGAUUCCAGAGCAAAUACUGGGCAAAGUUAGCAUUGCGGUGAUAAAAGGGUUGUCUUAUCUGAGAGAGAAGCACAAGAUCAUGCACAGAGAUGUGAAGCCUUCCAACAUCCUGGUGAACUCACGUGGAGAGAUCAAGCUGUGUGACUUUGGCGUGAGUGGGCAGCUUAUCGACUCCAUGGCCAACUCAUUUGUGGGCACGAGGUCCUAUAUGUCUCCUGAACGUUUGCAGGGCACACACUACUCUGUCCAGUCUGAUAUCUGGAGCAUGGGGCUUUCACUGGUAGAGAUGGCCAUUGGUCGCUUCCCCAUCCCACCACCUGAUGCUAAGGAGCUGGAGCAAAUUUUUGGCUUUCCCAUGGACGGUGACCCCUCAUCCAGUGAAGCCUCCCCCAAACCCCGGCCCCCCGGCCGGCCCGGCAGCUCACAUGGACCUGACAGCAGACCUCCGAUGGCCAUCUUUGAGCUGCUUGACUACAUAGUCAAUGAGCCACCACCCAAGCUGCCAAGCAUCUUUGGCACGGAAUUUCAAGAUUUCGUUAACAAAUGUUUAAUAAAAAACCCAGCAGAGAGGGCAGAUCUGAAGCAGCUGAUGGUUCAUCCCUUCAUUAAAACAUCAGAAGCAGAAGAAGUGGACUUUGCUGGAUGGCUCUGCAGUACCAUAGGCUUAAAUCAGCCAGGGACCCCAACUCACAGUGUGGGGAUAUAAAAGGAAAUUUCUUUACCUAAUCACACACAGACCAGUGUUUUUUUUUUUUAUUAGUAUUAUUAUUAUUAUUACAUAUUUUAUUUGGGCUCCUAUUCAACAGCAGUCUGUUCAGUAGUCAGUCACUGCCUCUUGGUAACUUUAUUUUGAUGUCAUAAGUGUUGAACUGAAGUUAAUGAAUCAUAUCAAGACCCACAAUCCAGAUUAGAUGGAAAGGGUUACUUGAAAAGCAAAACACAACAAAAUAUUGAAUGUGGUUUUAAACUUUAGAUGCUCAGAAUUUUUCUCUCAAAAGUCAUUCCAGGUGAUCAUGUUGAACUGCAGGUUAGGUCAUAUAAGAGAAUAUUUAAAACAUAUAAACCUGCCCUUUUAUAUAAAUGUUUAUUGUUCGAGGGCAUAUAAAUCUCAAUUUGAGUGAAAAUAUGCAUAUUUUUCUAAAGUUAAAAUUUAUUGCAUCACAGCCAAAGCAUUAUAUCCCAGGGUAUCCCAAAUCAUUUCAAAUUAAUUAUGCUGCAAAACCAAGGCAUCUUUUACCUCAGUUAGCUUUUAAUUGCUUUUCAUUACUGCAGUUAAACUUAUUGCCAAAUUAGUCAUUUGUUCAGUAAAAAAUUGAAAUGUCAAAUAACUAUUAUUAUUAUUAUUAUUAUUAAUGUUAUUGUUUCUGCAGUUACAUUUUUGCUGCAACAGAUAAAAUAAGACUACCUGACUAAACAGUUGUGGCCAAAUUUACUGGCAGCCAGCUACUUAAAAAACAGGUUCAAAAAUUAAACUAGAACUAUGUACUGUUCAGACUUCAGCUUAGCCUUACUAAAAGAACCAAAGUUCUGGUCCUCAUGACCCGGCCCUUAACACUGAAGAUACCAUCAAAAACAAAUCUCCAUCUGAAAAAGGGUACAAGGUUCAUAUAAAAUGGUACUUGGGUAAAAUAUGCAAUCAGUUUUUUAAAAUGAUUGUCAACACUUCUGUAUAAAACCAAGUUGAGGCACAUUAUGAAUGAGCUUAGUUAUUCAUGUAAUUUUACCCAUCAUGGUCUAAAUAUGCUACAGAUUAGAUCCAUAUGAUAACUGGAACUUUUGCAGCUCCCCAUCAUGCCUAAGCAGCUAACUCUGCUAAUUAGCUUAAAACUGACUAACAGCAGCCAGUGAAAACAUACCAGGACACCCAAUAACUGCUAAUGACUGAAAUCCUACUUACAUUCAACUUCUGAGUUUAUAGCAAAUACAUCUGUGCAGAUUUUCAUGGCACGUUUCCUCAGUAAACUAAACAUAGCAGAGGGGGGAGAAAAGUGCUUGCAAUUUGCAUUUAAACAUUCAUAAAGGGACCUUUGAUAUGAGGAUCCAUAGACAUACAUUAAAUCAUAAAUGGACUGUCAUUUUAAUACUUUGACUAUUCAUUCAUUUCCACCAAGCACUUUAUCCUGGACAGGGCUGGGGAACUCUGGGCAUUAUAAAACAUUGUUUUUAAUUUUUAAUGGCUUAAAAAUAUUUAUAAACAUUAAAAGCAUUAUGCUUCAAGUUUUCAUUUUGCUUACAUAUGAUUAAUGGUUGCCAUUAAACCUGGUCACAACAGUAGUCUUCAUGCCUAUUCCAGAUUUUCCUUUUAAAUAGCUAUUAUUGUACUUUAUGAAACUUAAGCUUUUCUGUGUAAUAUUUUGUUCAAACUUCCUUUGAUUUUUUCCCUUUAUUUCCAAUGUAUGAUGUCUAGAAGCUGAGGAAACUUCUGCAACAAUAAAUUGUAAUAAAGGCAGACUGUUUGAAGAUACCUUAAA